CUACAACAAAUCAUUAGUAAAACAUUACUUCUACUCAAAUUAUCAAUAAUAAUAUGGCCUUCAAGGUACUUUUCUCGCUGCUCGCUGUGCUCUUGUGCGCCAAUGCCGUCUUUGGUGUGAAAGUCAUCAGUAAGGCGCAAUGGGGUGGUCGUACCGCUAAGAGCCGUUCCAACUUGGCCAGUGGUUUGUCCUACGCCGUUAUCCAUCACACCGCCGGCGCUUACUGCUCCACCCAAGCCGCCUGCUCCCAACAGAUGCGCAACAUGCAGAGCUACCAUAUGGAUUCCUUGGGCUGGUCUGAUAUUGGAUACAACUUCUUGAUCGGUGGUGAUGGUCAAGUGUAUGAGGGUCGUGGCUGGAGCACAAUGGGCGCUCAUGCCACCAACUGGAACUCCAAGUCGAUUGGCAUAUCCUUCAUGGGCAACUACAACAACGACAAAUCCACCGCUGCUCAAAUCGCUGCCGCCAAGGCUUUACUCGCUGAUGCCGUCUCUCGUGGUCAAAUCAAGUCUAACUACAUUCUGUACGGUCAUCGUCAAGUCGGUUCCACUGAGUGCCCUGGCAACAACUUGUAUGCUGAGAUCAAGAAGUGGUCCAACUAUCGCGCUUAAAUUGGGAACAAGUCAGUGUUAUAAAAUGUAAAAAAAAUUAGUGAAAUAUAGUGGCUACUGUCGAUUAUA